AUGGCGGAUAGCAUUGACACGUUAAAUCAGAACGAAUGUAGUGAAAUUGUUACGGAAGCUAUCUUAGAAAACCAGUUGAACCGUGGUGCACGCGAGAAAGCUUAUCAAAAUAUUGCAGAAAAGUUAGGACAAACUGUUGAAUGGGUAAAAGCUAAACUGAAGUCCCUCAGGAACAGUUAUACAAGGGCUAAAAAGAUUGCUCCAAGUGGAAGUGCACGGAAAAAUCCGACAAAGAGAGGAACCUGGUUGUUGGAAAAGCUGCAGUUUCUGGCACCUUACAUUGCAACAAGAGUCCCUAUAUCCAAUAUGGAUUCUGAGCACUGUGACUCUCCAUCAGAUACUAGCAUAAUUGAUCAACCUGAUGAAGAAAGUGUUGCUGAUGAUAACAUGUCUUAUCAAGCUAAUAUAGAAACACCAAGUCCAACUACUUUGGAGGGAGAUGAGAUUGACAUUCCCUUAACAAGAUCAACUAAAGAGCCAUUUCAGUUAAAAAAUAGUAGAAAGAAGCAAGCAGAAGAAGAAUACCAUCUCAUCAAAGGACUGGCUAAGUCAAUGUCAGAAAAACAAAAUAAGAAACUAAAAACUGACAAUAAACGAAAGAACCAAACGGAUACUUUUGGUCGAUAUGUAUCCUACACAUUAGCAGAACUAGAACCCAAAGUACGUUUUGUGGCUCAACAUCACAUCAAUAACAUUUUGUUCCAAGCACAAAGUGGAGAGCUUUUGACUAGGCAGACUUUUGGAAUGAUAACACCUACUUCUUCACAAAAUCAAACUUUUUGGCCAUUAAACCACCAAACAAAUAGAUCCAAAGUUGAUGAUACAGUUUCAAGAUUUCAAUCUCAACUGAAUAAUCAACAUUACAGUCUCCCAUUCCAAAGACAGCACACUGGAUUCAAUCCAACUCUACAAGUUGCAGACAACACUAGGCAGUUUCAGUUUUCUUCUCCUUCUAUUCAGUCUCCAUCCAAUGUACAUGAACAUUGA